CGCGAGGGGCGGGGCGUGCGCGGGACAAAGGGAACGAAGCUGCAGCUGCGGGCGCUGUAUUUGCGCGCGGUGUCUCAGAUUCAUUCUUAAGGAACUGAGAACCUAAAUCUUCCAAAAUGUCAAAAAGACCAUCUUAUGCCCCACCUCCCACCCCAGCUCCUGCAACACAAAUGCCCAGCACACCAGGGUUUGUGGGAUACAAUCCAUACAGUCAUCUCGCCUACAACAACUACAGGCUGGGAGGGAACCCAGGCACCAACAGCCGGGUCACGGCAUCCUCUGGUAUUACGAUUCCAAAACCCCCAAAGCCACCAGAUAAGCCGCUGAUGCCCUACAUGAGGUACAGCAGAAAGGUCUGGGACCAAGUUAAGGCUUCCAACCCUGACCUAAAGUUGUGGGAGAUUGGCAAGAUUAUUGGUGGCAUGUGGCGAGAUCUCACUGAUGAAGAAAAACAAGAGUAUUUAAACGAAUACGAAGCAGAAAAGAUAGAAUAUAAUGAAUCUAUGAAGGCCUAUCAUAAUUCUCCCGCAUACCUUGCUUACAUAAAUGCAAAAAGUCGUGCAGAAGCUGCUUUAGAAGAAGAAAGUCGACAGAGGCAGUCUCGCAUGGAGAAAGGAGAGCCGUACAUGAGUAUUCAGCCUGCUGAAGAUCCAGAUGAUUAUGAUGAUGGCUUUUCAAUGAAGCACACAGCCACCGCCCGUUUCCAGAGAAACCACCGCCUCAUCAGUGAAAUCCUCAGUGAGAGUGUGGUGCCGGACGUCCGGUCAGUGGUCACAACGGCUAGAAUGCAGGUCCUCAAACGACAGGUCCAGUCCUUAAUGGUUCAUCAGCGAAAACUAGAAGCUGAACUUCUUCAAAUAGAGGAGCGACACCAGGAAAAGAAACGGAAAUUCCUGGAAAGCACAGAUUCCUUUAACAAUGAACUCAAAAGGUUGUGCGGUUUGAAGGUAGAAGUGGACAUGGAGAAAAUCGCAGCUGAAAUUGCACAGGCAGAGGAACAAGCCCGCAAAAGGCAGGAGGAAAGGGAGAAAGAGGCAGCAGAGCAGGCUGAACGCAGUCAGAGCAGCAUUGUUCCUGAGGAAGAACAAGCCGCUAAUAAAGCCGAGGAAAAGAAAGACGACGAGAGCAUUCCAAUGGAGACAGAGGAGGCCCAUCUAGAAGAAACAGCAGAAAGCCAACAGAAUGGUGAUGAAGGCACAUCGACUCCGGAGGAUAAGGAGAGUGGUCAGGAUGGGGUUGACAGUAUGGCUGAGGAAGGAACCAGUGACAGUAACACUGGCUCGGAGAGCAACAGUGCAACGGUGGAGGAGCCGCCUACAGAUCCCAUACCAGAGGACGAGAAAAAAGAAUAAAUGUUGCCUUGUUUUAUGUGUUCUAAAUACUUUUUUAAAUGAAGUCAUGCCUUUUUGAGUUUUAAUGGUGUUCCGUGGUUUGUGUAUUUUUUUUUCCUUGUUCAUAUUACACCACCAAAGGCUUCUUAGCAUCAUGGGCCGAAUGGCAGUCACCCUUUUUUAAGCGGUUGUGAAGGUGGCUUUUUGGAUCUGGUUUCUGGCCCUCAGCCUCAGAAUUUAGAUUGAAAAAUGCCAACCUCUGUUAGAGAAUUAUCCUUUGAUGCUGCAGAAUCUCCCCUUUGAAUGCCUUGUUACAGCUCACUUGGGUGCUUACCAAAGUCAUAGCUUUAAAACCUUCCCCAGCCCCCACCAACACUUCCUCAGAGUCCCCUUUGCAAGGUUUACUUCCUCCAAGAGUAACUUCUUGAAAACAUCUUAUUUGAGUGUAUGUAUUUGUUGACACACUUCCAUCAAAGUCUCAGCUACCAUGAGUUGUGUUAAGGAGUCACUUGUAGCCUUGGACUACGCUUGGAUCAUGUUGGUCUGGAGUUGUAGCUGUCUGCAUAGUUAAUUACUAGUUAAGACGUAGUCAUUAAAGUGAACACAGCACAUAUACAUUAUGUCUUUUUCUUGGGUAUGGUUUGGUAAAUUUAUCACUGUACAGAAAAAUUAUUUUUUACCAAGUUUUCCAAAGAGUAACUUAACAAAGCUUAAAAGAAUUGAAUAUUCUUGUAAUGGAGCAAAAUAGUACCCCGCUCCAGAAGAAAAGCAGCUGGGAAUGAACUCCUCAUCCACUUCAAAUUGUCUUAUUGGAAUGAAAACAUCCGAAACCUCAAGGCUCAGGAUCCCACAGAUCAGAGCUACCUUUUUCAUAAACUUUGAGUAAAGUCUUGGAAAUCAGAAGCAAGAUUAAGUUUGUGACACGUAUUUCACAAAAAUUAGAAUAGAUUUUUCCCAAAUAGUGGUAUAUCUAAUGGAAUAUGUUUCUUAAAGGUCCAAAUGUAAUAAAAAAA